AUGAUCCAGGCAACACAAGCUUUACAAGGGCCUCUGUUCACGCAGUAUUUAUGGGACCGAAUCAGUGAAGACGUGGGUUUCAACAGCACCAAGAGCCAAGAGUGCAACAGCUCUGUGCCGAUCGACCCCACACAGAAGGAGGUGCAGACACUUGUUGCCCACUGGAAUCUCUACAUCAGUCUUGGAGGACUCUCCCUGGGGCUCCUGGUGGUGCCAUUCCUGGGCUCCUGGAGUGACAAGGCUGGACGCAGGCCGCUCCUCAUCUUCCCUAGCCUUGGAUUAGCUCUCGAGACAAUGGUUUAUCUUAUAGUUAUGUACAUGAGACUACCUGUGGGGUACUUUCUACUGGGAAGAAUGCUGAGUGGCCUAUCUGGUGAUUUCAACUGCAUCUUGGCCAGUAGCUUUGCAUACAUCGCUGACACCAGUGACAAAAGAUCUCGUACCUUCAGAGUCGCUAUCUUGGAAGCUUGUGUGGGACUCUCUGGGAUGUUGGCAAGCAUAAUAGGAGGCAAGUGGAUGAGAGCACACGGGUAUAUCAAUCCAUGCUGGCUCGUCCUGACUGCAAGACUGACUUCCGCUCUGUACAGUUACUUGUUUGUUUGUGAGUCGGUGAGGACGGACCCUGCUGUCAGGCUCUUUAGCACUUGCCACCACAAAGCCCUGUGGAGGCUGUACUCGACUGGGGGAGUUCAAAGCACCGGUUCUUCUCACAAAUACAAACUGUGGCUGUAUACAUUGUGCUUCUUUGUGGUGGUAGGUGUCCACUCUGGCUGUAGAGAGCUGUAUGUCUUGUUUGAGCUGAGUCCUCCGCUGUGUUGGGGCUCAGAGCUCAUUGGUUAUGGGUCUGCAGUGCUACAUCUGGCCUACCUGAGCAGUCUGCUGGGGCUCAAGGUCAUGAUUCGCUGCCUGGAGGAGUCCUGGGUGGCUCUGCUGGGUCUGCUCUCCAACAUCGCUGGCCUCUUGGUCUUCACUGCUGCAAACACCACGUCUCUCAUGUUUACAGGCUACGGUCUCUUGCUCUUCUUUAUGACAACUACCCCUGUGAUUCGGUCAAAGCUGUCCAAGUUGGUGGAUCCAUUAGAACAAGGUGCACUCUUCGCUUCUAUAGCUUGUGUGGAAACAUUGUGUUUUAUGGUUGGAAGCAGUGUCUUUAACUCGCUCUUCCCAGCCACAUUGCACUUUAUGAAGGGAUUUCCUUUCCUAUUUGGAGCCAUCGCAUUGCUAAUCCCUGCCUUUAUUAUCUGCGCCCUGAAGUGUCUGGACCAAAGACAUGAGCGACAAAGCUGA